UGGUGGUUCAGGCCGCGGUGUUGGUAGUCGGGCGCGCGGCGGGUCUCAGGGCCACACACACACGCACGCACUCCUCGCCGCUCCUCCUAAAGCCUCCUCCUCCUCCUCCUCCUCCUCCUGCAACACUACUACUGACGCUAACUCCUCCUGCUUCUGCUACUACUACUACUACUCCUUCCACUGCGACUCCUGCUGCGUGGACGUCAGGAGAGAGAGGGACAGGUAAAAGGAGGAAAGAAAAGACAACGUGUUACACUGAGCACACACACACACACACACACACACACACACACACACGUGGUCUCCUCAAGUUAAACUCCCGCCCGUGUAGUGAGUGAACUUUACGCAACAACGAGUGAAAAAAGAAAGAAAAAAACACGACAGAAAGAAGAAAGACUGAGAAAGAGAGAGCGAGCAAGAGAGAGAGAGAGAAAGAGAGAGACAGAAGACAAACUACACCUGGAUUACCUGUGCAGUGAAUUACUUUUAUUUUCAUUUUCUCUCUCGGUGCUGUUAAUUAAUUAGUCUCGUUGUUGUUGUUGUUGUUGGUGUUGUUAUAGUAAUCAAGUGUUCUCACCCUUGUUGCUAUUACUGUUACUCUUGUUGUUGUUGCUGCUGUUGUUGUUGCGCCACGUGACUGAAGCCUUCACUACACGCCUCCUCCUCCUCCUCCUUCUCCUCCUCUUGCUCUUCGUCUUCCCUCCUCCUCCGCGUCGAGUGAAGGAAGGAAGGAAGGAAGGGUCGCCAUGCCUAACAGAAUGAAGAUAUGGGCGGUGGCGGUGGCGGUGAUGGUGGCGGCGCUGGCGGGGGCGGCGGCGGGGCAGCGGCAGGAUAUGAACUCCCCCGUGUGCACCCAGUGUGAGUGCCUCAUGACCAUGCCCCUGGACGUGGACUGUAGCCACACUGCCUUGGAGCAGGUGCCGGAUCUCAGCCAGGACAGUUUCACGAUGCCUGUGCGCCUCGACCUCUCCAACAACAUGAUCCACAGGGUCACCAAGUUCGCCAAUGUGACCCACCUUGUGACCCUCUUGCUGAGACACAACCAGAUAUCGAGCAUCGAGGACGGGGCCUUCCGGGACCUGCCACACCUGCGCAGCCUCUCCCUGCAGGGCAACAACCUGACCAAGGAGUCCCUGACGGAGCGGACAUUUAAAGGCCUAUACAACGACACGCACCCGACGCCCAUCCCGGUGGAGGAGAUGGACCUGAGCUACAACCAACUGCACGACCUCGACAGCCACGCCUUCAAGCACCUGCCGUUCCUGAAGCGGCUGUUCCUCUCCAACAACCCCAUCCUGGACAUCGGCCGCGGUAUGGCCUCCGCGAUCAGCGAGCUCAGCAGCCUCCAGGAGCUCGACCUCUCGCAGACCGGUCUCCAGAGGCUCCCUGACCACUUCCUCUCGGGCUUCAGGUACCUGAGGGUGCUGACGCUGGCCGGGAACAUGUUCACCUCCGUGCCCUCAGAGCUCGGGUUCGCCAGAAACCUCGAAGUACUUAACCUCAAUGCCAACCCUAUCACUAGGAUCAGCGCCGGCGACUUCCCUGAGAACCUGUCGACGCUCCGUAAGCUGGAGUUGAGCGCGAUGCCCAACCUGCGCAGCGUGGGCCAGCAGUCGUUCUCCUACCUGUCGGGCCUCGGCGUGCUGCACCUGUCCGACAACCCGGUCCUCGCCGUCAUCGACAAGGAGGCCUUCAUGAUCCUGUCCGACAAAGACCUGGCGCUGGAGGAGAUCCACCUCCAGGACAACCGCCUCACCACGCUGGAGGAGGGGAUGCUGCCCUGGCUGGACCUGACCCUCGUGGACCUGCAGAACAACCCCUGGAAUUGUGACUGUAACCUCCAGUGGGUGGCCGAGAGGCUCAUCCCCGACCUCCAGCAGAAGAACCCGCAGACCACUCUCUCCCUCAUGUGUGCCGAACCCAUCGCUGACCGCGGCAUGAAGAUCGAGGACCUGCUCGGCCGCGCCCACACCUUCGAGUGCCGCGCGCCCGAUCCCUUCUCGCGCCACGAGGGGCGGUACGGCCCGCUCAUCGUCGGCACCAUCGUCGUGGGCACCAUCCUCCUCAUCACCGGCACCAUCAUCUUCGUCUUCGUCCUCUACAGGCGGAACAGGGAGCACCAGCUGUUCGGCGAGAGGGUCAAGUACAGGCGGGCGCAGGACGAGGAGGAGGACGGCGUCACCCCCACCGUCAGCUCAUAGACCUGCACCACCGCCACACCUGCCUCCACACCUGUUAGUCCAGCACACCUGUCGACCCCCAUACCUGCCUGCUCUACCACACACCUAUACAUAUCUGAUACACUGCCCUCGGUUUUUAGCUUCUCUCUCUCUCUCUCUCUCUCUCUCUCUCUCUCUCUCUCUCUCUCUCUCUCACAUACCUGUCUCUUUACCGCACAUUUGUUACAUACACCUGCCAGCUACACACCUGUCUCACCCACUCCAGUUUCCCCAAUACACGUGUCCUCUCUGCAUACCUGUCGUUUUCACCUCCCUUUGCUUCACACGUUUGCCUCCUCCACUUUAACCGUUCCUCGUCCACCCCUUUCUGUUUCACUCCUGUUUCACCUCCCACACAUGUCAACUCCACACCUCACCCACGUAAAUCUUCCACAUCUCAAAGAACAACAGUAACACCACUCCACCUGCCCCGCUUCACCUGUUCUGUGCUUCGUUGAUUUCUUGGGCCACACCUGUCUGCCCUAGUGAUAGAAGUGUGAGGUCUCGUAUAUAACUGUGUGUCCAUCUGCCCCCCCCUCCCCUCCCCCACACACCCUCCACACAUAUACCCAAGUGCUAUACCUGUGUUGUUCCCCCCUCCACCCCCCAUACAUACAUCUGCUUAUCGACACCUCUGACACACACUAAUGCCUUAUCCUUGCUUCACCCGAUCCAUGCACACACACACACACACACACACACACACACACACACACUAAAGCGACCACGAACUCUAACACUAACACACCUACAGGAUCAUAAACAUAGCAUGUCCCUCGAAGCUCAACCUUAGAACAUGUAAGACAACCAACGCCUCAAAGCACACACACAUAUGCAAUGCGACGUGACACACUAAUCUCUCUCUCUCUCUCUCUCUCUCUCUCUCUCUCUCUCUCUCUCUCUCUCUCUCUCUCUCUCUCUCUCUCUCUCUCUCUCUCUCUCUCUAUCUAUCUAUCUAUCUAUCUAUCUAUCUAUCUAUCUAAGGCCACACACACGUCAAUGUUGAUAUAAUAAGGAGAACGAGACACAAAGGAGAGUGCUCGCGUUAUAAGCUCUAGGAAUCCAUUAUAACGUCUUCCAUUUCGCUUCUGGAAUCGUGUUAUCAGCUCGGUUACCUUCGCGUUGAAUAGGCCUGACGGAGCUGCGGUCUUGGUAUGGUACUCGUAUGCGUUGUGUAAAACCGGGUUAAAAGACACCCCUCCCUCCCUCCUUCCUCUCUCUCCUCUUCCAUACCUCAUGAACCGGCCAGUAGUUCUCCCCCUGUUCUCCCUUUUCCUUUGCCGUUGAUAGGUAAGUAAGGAUAGUUUUCUCUCCUCUCCUUCUCUCCCUCUUCUUUCCUCAUAACCAAGCCAGUAGUAACCUCUAUCUAUUUUCCCUUAUAAGCAGGCCCUUCCUUCCCUCUUCCCCCUUUUCCUUCUCUCUCCCUUCCCUCUUUCUUAUCCCUCACUCCUCCUUCUCUCCACCCCCUCUCUCUUUCCUCUCAAGCAAGCCAGGUUUUCUCCUCUUUCCCUCUAACCCUCUUUCCUUUUACACAAGUUAUUAGAGUUUCCCUCCCUCUAUCUCUUUCCUAACCUUCACUCUCUUCUCGUUGCCUUCUCAUAAGCAAUCCAUUUCCUCCUCUUCCUCUCACACUUCCUCCCCUCUCCUCUCCUCCCCUCCCCUCCCCGCCCCUGCCCCUCGUCACCAAGGUUUGAGAGGGGCGCCGCAGCCUCCUUGAAGAAAAUGCGAUGAGAGAGCUUUGUUUGAGAGGAUGCUCGCUUCUCACACCCGGAAAGGAAACGAAGAAAAUGCAAGAAAAAAAGACGGGUUCUGUUCCAAAGUUAUCAGCUGUGGUGUGAAUUGGAGAGUCUUCAGCAUUCCACAUUCCAAAGUUAUUAUGGCUGUGGAGGAACACAGAAUGAUUCACACACGUCACAUUCCAAAGUUACGACCAGUUGAGUGACUCAGGAACAAUUUCAUACUCCACAUUCUUAAGUUACAAUCGCGUUUGGGUACUACUUAGGUUUCAUGCAGGAAAGGCACCUCAGUUCACCUGAAUAACGAGGCAGAUACAGAAAACAUAAUUCACGUAAGACGACAGGUUAUACCAUAUACCUGUACCGACUCUAUUCAUCUAAACAGCAACACAGGUACAGAAAAGACUUGAUCAUAUUGACACAGCAGAUUAUAACACUAAUAUGUGCCCUUUUCAUCACUCUAAACAGCAUGCCAGGUACAGAAACAUAUACAGACUAAGUAACAGCAGAUUAUGGCAUUUCCUUGUGUUAUCUCAUCCACCUGUGCAACUUCAAUUAGCUCACUUUACCUGCACAAUCCCUUUUCACCUGAGGCUUAAUUGAACCAGCCAAGAACGUGUCUACAGGUGUCUGGCGUUAGGGUGUGUGUGUACAGGUGAGCGAGGUGUGAGAAUUAACGAGCCAGUCCGUAAAUUAACACUCGAUUAUUGCUCAAGGGCGGAUCCACUGCUUGAAUAUGGCGUCAGUGUAUAUAAAUGACACACACACACACACACACACACACACACACACACACAUGGGUCUCGUGUUAUGCAUUAAUUAAUUUCGUGUGUAUAAUAACAAGCUUGUCCGUGUGUAUAUAAUUAUAAAUAAAAGAUAGUACACAUAACCUAUAUAUAUACAUAAGUGUGCAUGUAUGUAAGUAUGUAUGUAUGUAUGUAUGGGUAUGACACGUUUAUGCCCUCACGUGCCAUACAUGAGUGACAUUAGUGGUAAGUUUGUAUCAUACGUGUAUAGGCCAGACAUACAACAGAGUCUUUAAGAGUAUUUUACAUCGAAGGAUAUUUGUAUACUUUCUUGUACCGCCAAAGCAACACGCCGACGAAGAGUGUUCCUUAGUUAAGUUUAGCGUGGGGGGAGAAGCGCUCUGUAAGGGAAACAUGAUGGAGUGGCGCUCUAAAACGGAUACAUGGUGACAGUGAAGGCGUGAUAUGGAGCCUUGCAAUAAAGGAUAGUUAUGAA